CAGGCCCGCCACUCCCAAUCAAUCCCACAACCACUACACCAUCCUCGCUCUCCUCCUACAGAGCCUGUUCCCUCCCGACACCUCCUCCAGCAACGUCGACGUACAAUACCAGUGAAGGCAUCACCUCCUCUCUCAUUUUAAGUUUUUUUGUCCCAGAGUAGUCUAUCGGCAGUUCAACAAGCAGAGCCAUGGACAACUGGAGACAGGACAAGUGCACCGAAAUCAACAAGGCACUCGAGCGCAUCGAGAAGAGAGCAGACAGGGUAAGCCGAAUGAUGAGCUCCUCUUCUUCUGCUCUCAACCAAGAAGACCAGCCGCAGCAUCAGCAGCAGGAGCAGCAGCAGCAGCAGCAAGUGGCUACCCUAACCAACGAGCUGGCUAGACUGCAAGACAUGAACAACCGGCUGUUCGACUUCAGGGACCGCCUGUGCUUCUACUCGAACCUCGGCUACGUGGAAGCUCUCAACGAGUGGCAAUACGAGAUUCGAAAGUAAGUUGUUGCUGUUGUUUCUCACAUUAGCUCUAUUGUCCACAAGAAAUGGGGAGCCCGUGGUCUCAACACCCGGCACAUACGACGCCGCGGGGACACAAAACACUACCCAUACACAACACCGUCAAAACUACUUGAAAGCUAGAACAACCUAUCAUUCCUCUAUUAUUCCCACAUACUUUUCUUCGCUUUUUGCCUUUGGUCUUUUUCUUUCUUUUCUGUGCAAGAUGGCCUUGUCUCUGCUUGCGUUGUGAUGUAUCAAGAUUGAACCGGGGGUGUAUGUACCUCAUUCUCUCUGGCCCGUGAUGGUGACCCUAGUCUCAGUUGUUACCUCGUAUAAGCGCGCAGAAGGAAUGGAGGACUCCAGAAUAUCUGUCGUUGAUUUCUCGGGGCAAAUUUAUUUGAGUGUAGUACCUUUUUAGGGUAGCCUUCCGCUCACGCUAUGGAUUCAUUGCUACUCUAUCUUAGACGUAUUUCUAUAGAUAGAGAUGGAUUUGUUGUGUGAUAUUAAGAAGAAAAAAAAAAUAGGGUAUGAACCACUCGGAAAAUGAAGACAAAAAGAUAGAAAGAAAAUAAAAGGUACCGCACCGUCCGUUCGAGAAAAGAGCCCUCGGAAACCGAUCAAAAUCAAAACAAAAACAAAAAAAUAGGAGGACGCUUCCCACACCCUCUUAAGUGUAGCCGGGCGUCUGUUUCGUUUUCAUCAUGAUGAUGGUGGCCUGCGAUGAUAGGCUGUACAGGUGGACGUAUUUGUGCGUGCUGGUCAUCGUUGGAUGCAUAAUAAACUGUUGUGUGCCUUUUGGUAAGCAGCUGUUGUCUGAUCUUCCCUCUCUUGUCCGGCCAAUCAACCGGCGGCACGUGAAGGCGUUCCAUGAUGGAGUACUGCAGUGUUAAUUUUGGGGUGUUGCCGGUUCUUUCCGCAUCAUCGAUCGGUUUCCGAAUUUUCCAAGAGUUUUCCAAGAAGCAGGUCGAGCGCGGCGCAAAUUCGGCGGGAUAACUCUCGCCCGCACAUGAUGCGGGAUCCAAUCUUUCCGACUCUAAAUACCGACAUUCCUUCCGAUGCUCCUGUUGUGGCAUACAUACAUGCGCACAUGUCCUUAUGAUUAACCGAACCCCACGCCCAAUCAAACACCUUUCUUUCAGGAUCUGCGUCAAAGCCGAAGGCUUCGUGCACCAUCAGCAGCGGCGCGACCCCCACCCCCGCCACCGCCACCGCCACCACCAUCCUUCAGGGCACAAGCACAGCAGCAGCAGCAGCAGCAAGCAGCCAACCCUCGUGGAAGUGAGGUCAAAGUGACGACGCAUGCGCCGUCACAACGAACGACCGUCGGCCGGACGGACGUGUUGCAACCGCUGUCAACCCUGGCCGUCAUUUUCCGUCAUGCCGGUGAAGGUUACCGUUUGUUGACACUCAACAGCAACGCGCUGUUUCGUCUCUUUUUUCCCCCGUCAAUGGUGCGGUGGGCAGCGAACGGUUUGAUGAAAUGACGCCAGAACCGCCCGCCGUUGGUUGUUUGCAGGGAAGAGGAGCGACUUUUUUUUCAUUGUUUUUGCUUAAGAGAGUUGGCCGUGUAUUUUUUUUUUGUGUGAAACAUCCCGCUCACGCUGGACGCCAGUUUUUUGCACCUUUCGGGUGGGUGUGUUUUGGUGGAGGCAUCAUCAGCCGGGUCACACGGGGGGGAGGCGCAUGCUAUUUCGAGAGCUGCUACUUAGAACAUUUGUAGUGUACCAUAUUUCUUUCGGGCGCAAUACUGCUGUGGCAGUGACCUGCAAAAUAGAGAGCACACGGGGGGGGGGAAAUCACACUAGGCAUGGGAGAAGCCACUGCUUGAUUACGAAGAGGGCAACUCGUGUUGUCAACCACGGCUUCAAAUGGUGUUGCAACACUCUGCGCAGCAUCUACAGUAUGUACAUGAUAUCGUUCGUUGUAGGCCAAGUACUACGUACGUACCGUGUCCUUUCCUUGUUUAGGAAGACGGUAAACAACACUGCAGGGAAUGUCGAGAUCGAGGAAAAAUAGCAGUGGAGUAACUUUAUAGAGGUGAUGAACAGUUCGUCGUGGAUCUUGAUGAUAGAUUAUGGUUCUUCGUGUGUAGACUUUUUUGUUAUAUAGACUGUCUUUUUCCGGCGUGCUAUGCAUCACAACCUUUGAUCGGAAAUAUAGGGACCAUUGUGAUAUUCGCGCCUGUAUCCGAAUGGCCAUGAUAUUUUCGAACGGAGUUACUUCAGCGACUAGACUAGACUAUGUUCUGCACGAAUUGGCGUUCACCUGGAGCACGUCAGCAUUGCCUGCGAGUUACCCCCGACCAGGUUAUCCUCCGGCGUUUGUACAUGCUUGCAGCCCUAGAGGAUGAUUGGAGAGCGUCAUCGCUCUCAAUCGUAACAAUGGCCCACGGACAUCACGUACGUGUGCUUUGACCUAUUGUUGGUGCUAUCCCGGCCUUGCGCCGGUGUUGGUUUGAUAUUAAAGCUGCUGUGUGACACCGUGUGAUCGCUUCGAAACGGAGCAUUCUAGGGAUUUUCUAAAGCAGGAACUGGAGGCCUUUUACGACAUGUAUAUUUCGAUGUUGUUAGAGGGGGGGCAAACGAACAGCCUGGGCAGAAUCGACUGCAGCACACGAGUAAGAUUUUUUUCGCCGAUGUUCGGGCGGACACCAGUCGUGCGCGAUGAAAAAAGCACGACCGUGUUGGUGCUCAGUAGAUCUAGAGUUUUGCAUUUUUGAAACGGGAAGCGACGGCGGUGGCAUUGAUUUGCAGCCACAGGGUGCGUGCGUGCUUGAUACUGCUGUAGAGUGGUUGAUCGCACGCCGUGAAGCGUUCAUGCAAGGCGAAAUUUGUUCACGCACAAUAAGACUAGUUGCGUGGCGUUGAUCAUGCGUAUUGCCAUGCCUACGCGCCGCCGAACGGCGUUGGGUGUUAGCUCGGAGUUCUUAGGGUGGCGACGGAACGUACCACCGUUCGUCCGCGUACUACAGUAUCACGCGUUACCGUACGGAGAGCAAGUUGAAGUACGUAGACAGUAAAGCGGUUCAAUCAUGCGUUUGACGCCCCAUAUUGUGAGCAAUUUAAGGACGCGCUUCUUGCAAGCAACUAUGCCGACGAGGGUCUUAU